UCCGGUCGGCGUCGGUCACCAUGUCUCUCCCUAUGAGGUUCUGGAUAUUUGUGGUGAACCUAUUAUGUUUGCCCCUUCAUCUGAUAAAAGCGGUCGGCUUGUACGAGCCAUACAAACGCAUCUUUCCCAUGUACGUGAACCGGAUCACGAUGGGCUACAACAAGAAAAUGCAGGACAAGAAACGGGAGCUGUUCCGCAGCCUGUCCGAGUUCAACAAGCAUGGCGGACCGCUCACUAUCCUGGAGAUCGGCUGCGGCUCGGGCGCAAAUUUUGAGUUUUAUCCUGCUGGUUGCAAGGUCAUCUGUACCGACCCGAACCCACACUUUCAGAAAUAUCUGGAGAAGAACAUCGCCAAGAACGAGCAUAUCUCCUGCGAUAGAUUCGUGGUGUUAUCCGGGGAGGACAUGGGGUCUGUGGAGGGCGAGUCCGUGGAUGCGGUGGUGUGCACGCUGGUGCUCUGCUCCGUCACCAGCAUCGCCCUGACGCUCAGGGAGGCGCGGCGCGUGCUGCGGCCAGGAGGAGCCUUCUUUUUCAUUGAGCACGUGGUUGCCGACCCCUCGACUUGGUCAUAUUUCUUCCAGCAUGUCCUCCAGCCUUUCUGGUACUACUUUGGUGAUGGAUGUGAGGUCACCCGGGAAACAUGGAAGUACGUGGAGGCAGCUGGAUUCUCUGACCUCAAGCUGAGACAUGUAGAAGCACCGCUCAUCUUCAUAAUCAAACCACACAUCAUAGGCUAUGCUGUGAAAUAGGCUCUGUCUGAUUAGUUUAGUAACGGGCCAUCUGCACAACUGUUACCGGUACAUGAAUAUAUCAAGGUAUAUUUUUUGCUCUUUGCUGGUGUGACAUUUUCAUCAAUAAUAAGAGUGACAGCUGUUGGUGAAAUGAUUAUUUUUACUUUUGUAUUAACAUAAAGUGUGGUGUUUUGGUUUAAAAAAAAUGUGUUUUUUUUCAAAGAAAGAAUAUUUCUUAACAGAGACAGCACAACACACUAAUUUGUACGAUGUCAAAUAUAUAUUUUUUGGUUGAGUAUUUUUCAUCUUCAACCUGCUUGCUGAUAAAAGGAAAAUAAUACUCAGGUUGGGAAACUGCAUCAGCAUUUACCUGUAAGCCAGUGUGUUAUUUUGCUCAAUUUAUUGUAUGUUUUUUGCUGUGAUUAAAAGAUUGCAAAAAAAGUUGCUGGUUAAAGUGUUCUGCAGCAUCUUAACAGAGAAAAAAAUAAUAAAGGAAAGUACAAAUGAGUAAAUUAUUCCACAAAACGCACUUUACCAGGUACUGUAUUAUACCCAAGGCUUAAAAAAACAUAAC